GCCGUGGUGACGAUUCGGACGUUCAACGCGAGAUUUCACGAGUUUACGUUCGCCCCAUUUCCAUCCGUCAUCAAACAAUCAUGGCGGACUACCGAGAGGCGCCCUUGGCUAGUCGGCCAAAAACACUGGACCCAAAUGAGUAUUUCAACCUUUCGCCGAAUCACCGGCGUUCCGAAGAAGACAGGGCAGCACUACGAGCGAAUCUAAAGAGGCAGUAUCAGACGCAACUCAAUAACCCGCACAGAAAAGAGCUCAUUGAAGACCCUGCCCUGACACGCUGGGUGUAUGCACGUGCUAACCCCUACUUAACCUUCAAGCCCACUUUCAAGACAUCUCUGAUGGGUGCCAUGUUUGGAGUUGUGCCCCUCUUUGUCCUUUACUACGUCUUCAAGACAGACAGGGAUAGGAAGGAAGAGCAGAUUAAGGCUGGAACCCUCGAGCGCAAGUUCAGUUUGUCGUCAUGAGCGCCGAUGUCUAAAGACCUCCUUUAUGUUCUAGUGAUGCCAUUGCGUGUGUAAUUAUUAUUAACCAAAUAAAAUUAUAUUGUCAAAAACAA